GGCGAAGCACCUGCAAGGAGAUAUACGUGGGUUUUGCCCCGUGCCGGACGAGUCAGACAGGGGCAAUCUUUGGAAAAGCAGCAGCGCGUGCGUGUUUUGCGCACGUGGCGUAUUGAUAAGCACCGAGGGCACUGGGGUGUAUUCACCAGUUCCGUGCAGGUCAGCAUAACCCUUACGGAGGUCCCACCUUUCAGCGAAUCGGGAAAGAGAACCGCGACUGCGUUUCUUCGAAUGAACGAAAGAAAUCCAUCCCAUUGCGCGCUGUCUACACGUCUGUGAUCGUUUCUGUCAACCAGAUCCGCGCACUGGAGCUAAAUUAACGGCUGACAACGGCCGAGCCUUAUGCACACUCGAAGUUGUCGGACCAACACCACCUUUCUAGGUGGCGUUGGUCGGACGCGUAGAUAUCACUGAGCUGCGCGGAUUAGGUGAGGUGGAGCAUGAGCGGUGACAAGUGGUCGACGCUGUCCUUCGACACUUAUAUAAGCCGACGCGGGGUGGCUAAGCGGCGAUUGCACAGCAAGCGUUGUCAUCAGUCGGGAGUCCCGCUUCAGUGUCUAGUCCCGCCGUUCCUCGUCCUGACAGUUACCCUCGGCAACAUGGUUGGCGCGCUCGCACUGUGCUCCGCGGUCGCUCUGCUGGUCGGCGCUUGCGCCGCUCCUUCCUACGAUGAGAGCGCUCACCCCGCACAGGGACCCGGCGACAUCGCGAGGCGCUUCGAACAAAUCGAGCAAGCAUGUUUUCAAGAAGCUCAGAUGACUGCAGAAGAGACAUCGACAGUAGUGGAUGUCCGCAAGCGAGCCACGGAAGAAGUGGGAUCGCAAAACGUGAACCAGCAGCUUGACUUCCUGGAGUACAUUGACCGCUACGCGCCCACCCCUGAAGUUGCCCGCGGCAUCCGGUCCAAGUGGAAUGCAUUUACAGUGUGCGUUGGUCGCGAAGCUGCUAAACUGGCGUCCAGGUCGUAAUGCUUUCACUCCUGCUGCAAGACAACCACUUCCGAGUGGGCACUUCUGAGUGGGCACUGCACUUGUGGCAGCUUUUCGUAAAUAAAUUGUCUGAUUUACUUAUUCA